ACUCUUUGCGCGUAAAUUUGCUCGUGAAAAUGGACGGCGAUAUUCGCGAUGUCUUGGAAAAGUCGGUAAUUUACGACAGGGGAGUGGUUACCUUCAAAUGGCUGACAUGGAAACUCGGCGUCCAUCCCAACGUAGCCAAGGAACAUCUCCAGCGGUUCAUCAAUGAACAAGAGGUGGACGGAUCGAAUGUUGCUGGGCAUUCAAUCGUUACCGGUGUCAAGAAUAAGGUCUACCGGGUCGUCUUGACACCGAGGAAGCAGGUUGAAGAGGCGAAGAAGAGCCUUACGUCCGUGACUGGUGUCCACGUGUAUAGCGCCCAACCAGCAAACUUGGAGGAUGUGGAGGCCAAGCUGCUCGAUGCAGCCACCAAAUGUCAGCACUCCGAGGCAUCUCCGAUUCGUUGCGACGCGGCGCUCGAAACCCGAAGCUCCGCAAAACGUCCACCGGCGGCGGUGAAAGUCGGCCCAUCGUCAACGGCGGGGAAAACGUCGGUGCAGGGCUCGACCCAGUUGGUCACAGCGAAGAAGGAGGAGUCUCCCCCGACUUCCAAGCCCAUCAAGACCACCAAACCUGGUGCUGCAUCUAAAAGCUCCAAGGGAAAAGGGAAGCAGAAUGAGCUGGCGGCCAUGUUCUCAAAAGCGAGGGCAGCUCCGGCAAGUGCAAAAGCUGCGAGCACAUCAUCCGGAAAGCCAGCAUCCAGCGAGAAGGGAAAGGAACCCGGCAAAGACCCGAAGAGCUCUCCAGCCGGCAAGGCUAAGGUUGCCAGGGAACUUGAGGACGUGGCUCCCAACUCAAUCACCCCAAAGAAGGAGGGGAAGCCAGAGGUGCAGGAAUCGCCCGAGUCCCCCGUUCGCUCCAAGAGGGUAUCCAAGCGCAAAGUGAUCAGCGAUUGUGAGGAGGAAGAAGACACGCAACCAAACGGCAUCCAGCUGGGAUCCCAUUCAAAGCAGCGACCGAACGGACGGGAGCACGGGAGACUCAAAGAAGUCGUCGGGAGACCCGAAAGAGAGGAGCAAGAAGCGCAGGCGAGUCAUGAAGUCGGUCCAGCAGACGUUCAAGGACGAGGACGGCUACCUCGUGACCAAGACGGUGAAGCAGAUGGUGAGUGAAUCGGACGAAGAGGAGGAAGACCCCAUCCCGAAAACAGUGAGGGAGCAGGCCAAGCGGGCCAACCCAAGCAAGAAGCAGCAGUCCCUGCUCUCCUUCUUUGGCAAGAGGCCACCCCAAUGAAGAGCUCUUUCCCUCUU